UCAGCGACUUUUAGUGGGACUGCAGCGGACAUUCUGAAACUGCGGGGGAACUAGCUUGGUGUCACUGACACCCCAGUGACACCAAUACAGUGAUCAGUGCUAAAGCAAAAGCACUGACACUGUACUAAUGGCACUGAGCAGGAAGGGGUUAAUGUGAGGGGCGAUCAAAGGGUUAACUAUGGGGCGGGGGGGGUGUUUCUUCACUGUAAGCACACUGAUCGGGAUGCCUGUACUGAGCACAGCAAUCCUGAGCAGUGUGCUCGAGCUGACAGGGAGGAAGAUUGUUUGUAAACAAAACAAUCUUCCUCCCCGUCGGAGAUGCUCGGUAAUCACUGGGUGCUGGUGGGUAAUUACCAGCCGGGACCCAGUAAUUGAC